AUGCCCAUUGUUUUGGUCCGCCCGACCAAUCGGACGCGGCGGCUGGAUUCUACGGGAACCGGGAUGGGCCCUUCGUGGCGGCAGCAGGACUCUCCCCUGCCGACCAUAACGCAUUGCGCAGGGUGCACCACCGCCCGGUCCUCCUGCGGCUUUAACGGCGCCGGCAUGGACGCGCCGCGGCAGUUCCCGGCGGGCUUCGGCCCCGAGCAGCAGCAGCAGCAGCAGCAGCAGCAGCAGCAGCAGCAGCAGCAGCAGCAGCAGCAGCAGCAGCAGCAGCGCCCGCCGCCGUACUGUCAGCAGCAGCACGGCCAGGACAAGCAGAGCCUCCUCCAGCAGCAGCAGCAGCAGCAGCAGCAGCAGCAGAGCCCAUGCCUCCAGUGCAACAACUGCGCCUACUACGGGGCUGCUGCGGCAGCCGCGGGGGAUAACCUGCCCCUGCUGCUCCGCGCCUCCUCGCCCCUCUCGGGCGCCUUCCGGACUCACUCCUCGCCGCUCUCCUCCGCCGCCUCCUCCCGACAGGGCAGCCAGCUGAACGUCAGCGAGCUCACCCCCUCCAGCCAUGCCGGCGCGUCCAGGCAGCCUCACCAGUACCCCCAGUACCACCAGUGCCACAGCCUGCAGCAGCAGCAGGCAGCCAGCCCCAGCAGCAGUGUCAGCAGCGGCAGCACCCACCACCAUCACCACCACCACCACCACCACCACCUCCAGCAGCAGCAGCAGCAGCAGCAGCAGCAGCAGCGCCGGGAGAGCAACCCCUUCACCGAAAUAGCCAUGAGCAGCUGCAGGUACAACGGCGGCGUCAUGCGGCCGCUCAGCAACCUGAGCUCGUCCCGCAGGAACCUACAUGAGCUGGACUCCGAGUCGCAGCCGCUCCAGCAGCCGCUCGCCAGCCCCGCCGCCGCCGGCACCCCCACCGCCCCGGAGAUCGUGGUCUCCAAACCCGAGCACAACAACUCCAACAACCUGGCGCUCUACGGACCCGCCGGCCCCGGCCCCGGCCCGGGCGGCGCCAACAACGGCGGGGGCAAGCCUAGCAAGAAGAAGAACCAGAACAUCGGCUACAAGCUGGGGCACCGCCGGGCGCUCUUCGAGAAACGCAAGCGCCUCAGCGACUACGCGCUCAUCUUCGGCAUGUUCGGCAUCGUCGUCAUGGUCAUCGAGACCGAGCUCUCCUGGGGCGCUUACACCAAGGAGUCGCUGUAUUCCCUCGCUCUGAAAUGCCUUAUUAGCCUCUCCACGAUUAUCCUGCUCGGGCUCAUCGUCGUGUACCACGCCAGGGAAAUCCAGUUGUUCAUGGUGGACAAUGGAGCAGAUGACUGGAGAAUAGCCAUGACUUAUGAGCGUAUUUUCUUUAUCUGCUUGGAAAUACUGGUGUGUGCUAUACAUCCCAUACCUGGGAACUAUACAUUCACAUGGACAGCCCGGCUCGCCUUUUCUUACGCUCCAUCCACAACAACAGCUGAUGUGGAUAUUAUUUUAUCUAUACCAAUGUUCUUAAGACUAUACCUUAUUGCCAGAGUUAUGCUUUUGCAUAGCAAACUUUUCACAGAUGCCUCAUCUAGAAGCAUUGGAGCAUUAAAUAAGAUAAACUUCAAUACCCGUUUUGUUAUGAAGACUCUAAUGACAAUAUGUCCAGGAACUGUACUGUUGGUUUUUAGUAUCUCAUUAUGGAUAAUUGCUGCAUGGACUGUCCGAGCUUGUGAAAGGUACCAUGAUCAACAGGAUGUUACUAGCAACUUCCUUGGAGCAAUGUGGUUGAUUUCAAUAACUUUCCUAUCUAUUGGAUAUGGUGACAUGGUACCUAAUACAUACUGUGGGAAAGGAGUCUGUUUACUCACUGGAAUCAUGGGUGCUGGGUGCACUGCACUGGUGGUAGCUGUGGUGGCAAGGAAGUUAGAACUUACCAAAGCUGAAAAACAUGUGCAUAAUUUCAUGAUGGACACCCAGCUAACUAAAAGAGUGAAAAAUGCAGCGGCCAAUGUACUCAGGGAAACAUGGUUAAUUUAUAAAAACACCAAACUGGUUAAAAAGAUAGAUCAUGCGAAAGUAAGGAAACAUCAGCGCAAAUUCUUGCAAGCUAUUCAUCAAGCUCGGAAAUUAAGAAGUGUAAAAAUGGAACAAAGGAAACUGAAUGAUCAAGCCAACACGUUGGUGGACCUGGCAAAGACUCAAAACAUCAUGUAUGACAUGAUUUCUGACUUAAAUGAAAGAAGUGAAGAUUUUGAGAAGAGAAUUGUUACUCUGGAAACUAAACUGGAAACUUUAAUUGGUAGCAUUCAAGCUCUCCCUGGACUGAUUAGCCAGACAAUCAGCCAGCAACAGAGGGAUUUCCUCGAGGCUCAGUUACAAAAUUAUGACAAGCAUGUUGCCUACAGUGCUGAACGAUCACGAUCUUUGUCAAGAAGAAGGAGAUCAUCCUCCACAGCACCACCAACUUCAUCAGAGAGUAGCUAGAAGAGAAUAAGUUAACCACAAAAUAAAGACUUUUUGCCAUCAUAUGGUCAAUAUUUUAGCUUUUAUUGUAAAGCCCUAUGGUUCUAACCAGUGUUAUCUGGGUUCUGAUGUCAGAAUCCUGGAAACCUGAACACAUUUUAGGCCAAAAUGAGUGAGAACUCUUCUUUUUUCCCCCCUCCUCCUCUCAGAUGCACAGUGAAUGCACCUAUUAUUGCUAUAUUAGAUUGUUCCUCCUGUAAUUUCACUAACUUUUUAUUCAUGCACUUCAAACAAAAUUUACUACUACAGUAUAAUAUAAUAAAAAGGUUAAUUUCUGCACAUAGUUGCUUGGUUACUUGAAUUUAACAACUAAAAAAAAACUCAUAAUCAAAAGACCUAAUUAUAAACCUUUAAGAAACAAAAUUGAAGCUUAAUAAUUAUCUCUCAGUAUAAAAACUAAUUCACUAAACUUUGCUUGCAGUGGAGGGGGAAAAAAAAUCCAUAUUCAUCUAACAGUGUGCUGUAUAUGUAUAGUCAUUUUAAAAGGUCACUGACAGCUUCGAUUUCUGAAGUGAUUAAUUAAAAACAUAGUUUAUCCUAGAAAAUAAGUUACGAAGAAGUAUGCUAUGGGUUUUUUAAAUCUUCUAGGCUUUUGUUUAACAUGCAUUUGUACGCACAUACAUAGAUAAUAUAUAUACAUACAUAUGUAUAUAAAAUUAUUUAUGCAAUGCCCAUGGCAAAGAUCUUUUAAACUGACUAUUUGUAACGUGACUGGCAUGCAAAAAGCACAGGUAAUGUCCUGUUCAUUUAUUCAGACUCUCAUAAUUAUGCCAGGUAAGUAUGUCCAGACAGAAGCAUCACUUUCAGUCUGGAAGUCUCCCAUUAAUGCUGUCUGGUUUUUGAAAGUGUUAGGUUGCUACUUACUCCACUCCUUUUUUUGUGUGUAAUUUUUCUGGAGUGAAUGACUGACACACAGAGUUAUAGUAUACACAGUUGCGUGAUAUCAGCACAGUGUUCUGUAUACAUUAUGUUUGGAUAAUCCCCAUGGUUUCUACUAUGCAGUCAAGUUUAGCAAGACACUUAGCAAUAUUUCCAAAAACUGUUGUAAAAAAAAAAAAAAAAAAACCCUGAUGUAGACUGGAGUUAUGGCAGUGGGGUAUCUGUGGUACUUUACUUUCAUGCACAAAUAACAAGUUCUCCUUUAUUAUAUCUGCUUUCUUAAAAAAAAAAAAACCACAAAGUAUAGUGUACACAUUUGUGAAAAACUUCUGGCUGAUUUUCCUCCUGGAUUAUAUUCCAGCAUAGCAAAACUAGAUAAGCAUAAACGCUCAGCACAUACAACUUGCAUUCACAAUUCCUAAUUAUAAAAAGGGGAUUAUUUGACUUUAUGAAAUAUUUUAUAGUACUUGCUAUUUAUGAAAUAUACUAGUCCUGUCCCCUUCUUCCGAUUUACGGACAAGGGUGACACUAUAGCUAAGUAAGACAAGAGGCAUGGCGGACUGUUUCUGAGGAAUACUAAUGUCUGCCUAGAAGUAACUAACAUGCACAUUGAAGGAAAUGCUGAUUGUUCCAUGAGACAUUGUGAGUUCUGCUCAGUAGUGACAGGCAGGGAAGAUAGUGAUGCAGAAAUCAGGGUAGAGCCGUGCUGGAUAAGACAGAAGAGCUGUUCUCCCCAGCACCUGAAAGUUCCCAAACCAAAUACAUAAAGUGAAACAGAGCAGACACUUUAGGCCUAUUUAAAAUAAAGGGUCUGCUUUUUUUGGGGAUACAAAAUACAUAACUGAUGAAUAUAAGUUCCAUCCAGAGGCAUUGCUUGUUUAUGAAGAAGUUAAGAGUUUGUCCAACACUUUUUAUGUCCUUGAGAAAGAUGAUGACUUUGCAGUACUUUUUUCCUGUAGAUAAGCAGGAGAGUUGCAUGCCUUUGGAGUGCCUUGUUUACAGACUGUGAUAUUUUGUGACUGGAAAUAAUAAGCAGUAUGCAUUUUGUUUUUAUGAAGUUAAUUUCCAAAGGAAAAAUGGAUAUUAUAUAGUGCUAAUACUGUACUAGUCCAGUCCUAAACUAGAUGAGAUUUUGAGUGGUCAUGAGGCCACUCUCUUUACAGUGUUGGCAGGAUCAGGAAGUAGUGAUUAAUAAUAUUGGAAUUUAAUAGUCAAGUUUCAGAGUUCUUUUUUUGAAGAUUUUUAUUUGUCUGUUGUCCCACUGUUUGUGUUUAAUUUAGAAUGUUUUUCCUGUCAUUGAAUGUGAAAUACACUUGCUGUAGCUUGAAAACAUUCCUUUUUGUCCUGUCAGCUUGAACUAGCUCUUUCAUUGUUUAUAACAUCUUUUUUAUAUUUGUAAGACCUAUUUUUUUUUCUCUGGAUUGUAGCUCCAAUUGUAGCUUGCCAAUCUGUUAAAUUUGAAUUAAGAUCUAGCUUUAAGUACUGAGGUGGUUUAUUCUGAUGUGAAAAAAAAACUGUCAUCUUUGACCUCUCAAUUUCUUUUACACAGUAGAAAUCAGGAGCCUGAACCUACUAAAUUCUUGCAACAGCUUUAUGCAGGCAGGACUAUGAGAUGUAUGAGGACUAUCCCCAUCAGUAGGGUUCUGUAACAAUCUGCCAGAUUAUUUUGGAUUCCUUUGUUUUUAAAGCAAACAACAAUUUAUGACAACGUGGAAUACUCCAAUUUCUUAAUUUACUCUAAAGCUCACUGCAAAUACUUUGUCUGCAUUUUUGGUACUGAUGAUUCUUUUCUUCUAGUACCCGGUUUUGAAAAGCACCUAAGUGCCAGCUGAAUAAAAGACAGAUAUUAGCUUAUAUUCAGGAGAGCACAAAGCAGUAUGGGUUUGAUUUUCUUAUUCCUGAUACAAAACUCUGUUUAAUCUUUCCUUGUUUGAGUUUUGUAGUACCACAAACUCAAUUACUGACUUUUUAUUUCCAAAACUUAAGCUCCUUCACCAUGUUCAAUGUAUGAGCUCGCCAAAAGGAAAAAGCAGCAUUAUGACAGAUCUCUGAAACUGCUUGUGCAGUUAAAUAUAUUUUUUCUUUCAAAGAUUGUUUACAAACUACAAGGAAUCUUUCUCAAAAUAUAUGGCAUCUUUACCAUGUUACAGUUGAAAAGCUUCAUGCAUCUCUUGAUUUAGUCUCACCAAUACGAAAACUCAGUUUUCAGUUGCUACUGAACUGCUUUUCACUGCAUUCCAGACAUCGAUUCUGUUUAUCAGUUACUUUGGAGUUUUGUUGCUAGUCCCUGCAUUUUUAAUGACACUUAGCAAAGAUACCUUGCCUAUAAGGACUGAAAUGUAAGAUCACAAAUAGGCUUUUUCACCAUGCUUAGACUAAGGACAUUGAUUUAAAUAGUAUUUUUAAAUUACAUUUUGCAGGAUCAGAAUAAUACAUUCACAGAUUCUAUACUUGCAAAUGGUCUGCAGUUCUUAAUUCAACAAAUCAGUAUCUGUUGCAAGCCUGCAGAUCUUCCCAGACAGACUUGUGCAACUCAGCCUUUCUUUACCUCCCUCUACUCCAUAAAGAUGGAUCUGAUACGGAAAGAGCUUUACUAUCUAAAAAUAAAGCAUUCAGUUUAGGAACUCUAAACACCUUCUGGAAAUCCAUACCUUUCCUUGUGAGCUAUUUAAAAACUGUGGCUCCCAAAACUGGGUCUGAAUCACUGUCAUCAUUAAAGGUCAAAUAUAGAUGAUAGGCAUACUGGUUUACUGCCGCUCAGUUUGCAAGACUCCUUCCAUGUCAGAUCAUAUGUGGACAUUCAAAUUGAUACACUGCACACUAAAAGCAUAUUUAAACGUAAAAGAAUAAAUGGUUUCAAUACUAAUGUCUAAUAUUCAGAAUAAAACUUACUACCCACGUCAGUACUACAAAUGGAAAUUGUUUGAAAACUCUUUUCCCCUAGCUAAAAGUUAUGAAAAAUUCUUGGUAAGUUUUAUCUACGGAAGGAAGAUUUUCUGAUUAAUAAGUCAGUUCUAUCUGCCAAAUCUGUUGUUGCUCAUAUUGUUUCAUUUUUUAAAUGAAAGUCCUUUUUAGUCACCCCUCUUAAAAUAAUUAUUAAGUGGUGAGAAGCAGACAAAUAAAGAGGGGAAGGGAGUAAAGAA